UUGAAUUGUAGGUAUCUCUGUUUUAUUUUUCAGCUGAUUAGAAAAUUAGUUAUUAUAAGACGUAUUGGUGACUGGUGAGUACAUUUUCCAGUUCUCGUUUUCUCGAGUUCGUGACAUUUGACAAUUUUCGAUCAUCGAAAAUUGUUUCGUUAUAUUUUGCUGAGAAAUUAGAAUACUUUAUUAAAAAUGAGUGGCUUAUUAAAAAUUGUCAAUCCAAUAUCACGAAGUACUUAUUCAAAAAUUAAUAAUUGGAACCGUCCAUUAAUUUGCACAAGAAACUUACAUCAAUCUCAAUAUUAUUCAGCUAAACAGAGUUCAGCAGGAACAAAUGCAUAUUCAGUAAUUGAUCAUGAAUAUGAUGCUGUCGUAGUCGGUGCUGGAGGAGCUGGUCUCCGUGCCGCUUUUGGCCUAGUACAAGAAGGAUUUAAAACAGCAGUUAUUACUAAACUAUUUCCAACAAGAUCUCAUACGGUUGCUGCACAGGGCGGAAUUAAUGCUGCGUUAGGGAAUAUGGAAGAUGAUGAUUGGCGAUGGCAUAUGUUUGAUACUGUUAAAGGUUCAGAUUGGUUAGGGGAUCAAGAUGCUAUACAUUAUUUAACUAGAGAGGCACCUGCAGCUGUCAUUGAGUUAGAAAAUUAUGGUAUGCCUUUUAGUCGUACUGAUGAAGGUAAAAUAUAUCAACGUGCAUUUGGUGGUCAGAGCUUACAAUAUGGAAAAGGUGGUCAGGCUCAUCGUACUUGUUGUGUAGCUGAUAGAACGGGUCAUUCCCUCUUACAUACUUUAUAUGGAUAUUCAUUAAAAUUUAAUUGCAAUUACUUUGUGGAAUAUUUUGCUUUGGAUUUAAUUAUGGAUAAAGGACAAUGUGUUGGAGUAAUUGCUUUAUGCUUGGAAGAUGGUACUAUUCAUCGCUUUAGAGCUAAGAAUACAGUUUUAGCUACUGGUGGUUAUGCUAGAGCUUACUUUUCGUGUACAGCUGCUCAUACUUGUACAGGCGAUGGUCAAGCUCUAGCAUCAAGGGCUGGUAUUCCAAUGCAAGAUAUGGAAUUUGUACAAUUCCACCCUACUGGUAUAUAUGGCGCUGGCUGUUUAAUGACAGAGGGUUGUCGCGGUGAAGGAGGAUAUUUAAUCAAUGGUUUAGGUGAAAGAUUUAUGGAGAAAUAUGCACCUAAUGCUAAAGAACUUGCAUCUAGAGAUGUUGUAUCUAGGUCAAUGACUAUGGAAAUCAUGGAAGGAAGAGGAUGUGGUCCAGAAAAAGAUCAUGUUUAUCUUCAACUAUAUCAUUUGCCGGCUGAACAGCUUCACGCUAGAUUACCGGGUAUUUCAGAAACUGCUUUGAUAUUUGCUGGAGUUGAUGUUACUAAAGAACCUAUACCUGUGUUGCCAACAGUCCAUUAUAACAUGGGUGGAAUACCAACAAACUAUAGAGGACAGGUUAUUAAUCCUGAAAAUGGAGAAGAUAAAGUAGUACCUGGAUUGUAUGCUUGUGGUGAAGCUGCAUGUACUUCUGUUCAUGGAGCUAACCGUCUUGGUGCUAAUUCAUUACUCGAGUUGGUGGUAUUUGGACGUUCUUGCGCUUUAGACAUUGCUAAAUGUAACAAACCUGGAGAUAAAAUACCACAAAUUAGUGAUAAUGCUGGCGAAGAAUCCAUUAAUAACAUUGACAAAUUACGUUUUAAUAGUGGAACAAUACCUACAGCAGACUUACGUUUAGACAUGCAAAAAACUAUGCAACUUUAUGCCGCUGUGUUUAGAACUGGAUCUACACUUGAUGAGGGCCGCAAUAAAAUGCAAUCCAUUUAUUCAAAGCUUAAGGAUAUUAAGAUAAAUGAUCGAUCAAUGGUUUGGAAUUCAGAUUUAGUGGAAUCAUUAGAAUUACAAAACUUAAUGACUACUGCACAACAAACAAUUGUAUCUGCUGCUGAACGAAAAGAAUCCAGAGGGGCACAUGCACGAGAUGAUUUCAAAGAUCGUAUUGAUGAAUUUGAUUAUAAAAAACCGUUGGAAGGACAAACUCAAGUACCAAUUGAAAAGCACUGGAGGAAGCAUACACUUGCAUGUAUCAAUCCAGACACUGGAGAGAUUAAAUUAACUUAUAGACCUGUAAUUGAUCACACAUUGGAUGAUAAAGAAGUGAAAUCAGUGCCACCUAUGAUUAGAUCUUAUUAAGAUUCACCCAUCACUAAUCGACUACUGCUCGUAACUCUAGUCUGCCCACUUUCAAUCAAAUCACAAAACAGCUCAAAUCCUGUUUGCAUUUAAGAAUAUGUAUGAAAACCCUAAAAUAAGGUAUAUCAGAAAAUACUAUCAUACUGAUUUAUUAAUACAAGUAGCUUUACGAGCAAAAUUCAAAGAAGUAUUAAUAGUUAAUAAUAGUAAAAAUAAAUUUCAUAAAUCUAUUGUUAUUGUUUUAUUUUGUUUAUUACCUGUAAAUAAUUAUUUCAUCUGAUUUCUUUAUUGAUAUUGGUAAAUGGUAAUAUAUAUUAUAUUUUUCAACAACCAAGAUUAAAGUUUUAUAAUUUGUUACUGAUGAUUGUCCUUUAUUUUGAUAUAUUUUAAACUAUUUACUAAAUGAUACAUUCAAUUCUUAUAAACCAUAUUAAUGUGUUAAUCGUAUAAUUCAUUUUUAAAUUUAUUUAGAAACAUAGGUACUUUAAAUUAAUGAACUAUAUUAUAUGCUUGAUGCUUAUAUUGAAGUGUUACUAGUCACAUAAUAUUUAAUUAUAAUUAUGAUAGGAACAGAAUUGAGAUUUUACUUAUCAGUAUUUUUAUUAUUAUUCUAAUACUUUAAUGGAUAGACAAUUAAUAUUAACUAUAAUAAUAUAUCUAUGUUUAUAUGGAUUAUGAUAAAAUAAAGUAAUAACAAUAAAAUAAUAAUAAUAGUAUAGCAAUAUGUAUUAUAAUAUUUGUACCUAAAGGCUAAAGAGUAGUAUUAUUAGGAAUAUAUUAAAUAAGCUACUAUAAAUAGUGGAAUAUGUGUUUGUGUUAGUAACUUAUAUUAGUGGUAUAAUAGUUACAGUAUUAUAUUAUUAUGUCUUAACAUUUCUUACCAAUAUGAACGUGUUUUUAUGGCUAUUUUAUCAGAAAUUAUAAUUUUUAAGCAGAAAUAUAGCAUGCACAUCAAAACACUUAA